AGCCUGGCCGAUAUGCAGAUCAAAAAGGAGGAGGACAUUGCCAGGAAUCCGAUUUCCACUCACGAGGAUGAGAUCAAAUUGACGCCGGCCGAGGUGCUGUAUCAGGCAAUUCUGCCCAACCUACCGCAAUAUAUGAUCGCGCUGCUUAAGGUCCUGUUGGCGGCAUCACCCACCUCCAAGUCCAAAACGGAAAGCAUCAACAUAAUGGCCGAUGUGCUGCCAAAGAUGCCCCUGACGGCCACACAGUCUACGAAGCUAACAGUAGACAUGGGCCGCCACAAGGAGAUCAUCGUGAAGGCAGUGUCGGCCAUCAUUCUGCUCUACCUGAAACACUUCAAGAUAAACCAUGUCUACCAGUUUGAGUUUAUGUCCCAGCACCUAGUCUUUGCCAACUGCAUCCCGCUCGUCCUAAAGUUCUUUAACCAAACGAUCACCGAGUACGUGAACACCAAGAACUCCAUUCCGCUGUUGGACUUUCCAUCCUGCGUCAUUGGCGAACAGCCGGAUUUGAGCGGCGACAGCUUUGUUUACGGCGGAGAGAUGUCCGACAAGCCGUACUCAUGGCGGAACGUUUUCUCCUGCAUCAACCUGCUGCGGAUUCUUAAUAAGCUGAUCAAGUGGAAGCACUCGCGCGUCAUGAUGCUGGUGGUGUUCAAGUCGGCCCCGAUCCUGAAGAAGACACUCAAGGUGCGCCACGCCAUGAUGCAGCUGUACGUACUCAAGCUGUUAAAGAUGCAGACCAAGUACUUGGGCCGGCAGUGGCGGAAGUCGAAUAUGAAGACCAUGAGUGCAAUAUACUCUAAGGUGCGGCAUCGCCUGAACGACGACUGGGCGUUUGGAAAUGACCUGGAAUCGCGUCCGUGGGACUUCCAGGCGGAGGAGUGCACGCUGCGGGCCUGCGUGGACCGGUUCAAUCUGCGACGCUAUCCGGAGGCCACACAGAAGUGCGGUAAUAAUGGCACCGCGGCCCAGAAUGCGGAGAAUGCCCAGCAAUCGAAUAUGAUGGCGGGCAAUAAUGGUAUAGGCAAUAACGGAUCCGAUGUCAAUGGCUAUGGGAAUAAUGGCGGCGGAGGCGGUGGCAACAACGGCGGUCACAAUCAGCAGCAGCAGCAGCAGCUUAACGAUUACGGCGUGGAGGGCGGUUUUCCCAGCGACGAGAUCCUAACUCACUCGGACUUUGCCUUCUUUGGCCACUCCGGGUGGUGGGAUCGCAAGGUCGAGCUGACGGACUACUUCAAGGCCAACUAUGCGGUAUGGUUGGAGGAGGAGGUCUACAAUAGUCAAACCGACUGGGAUGCCCUCUAAUCCCAUGGCUCCUGUAACAUGCGCAUCUUAUAAGCAAAAAGUUAUUACCAUAAUUGUAAGCAUAAUAAAGAUACAUUGAUAUAAUCCAUGUAGCCCGCGACAUAGGAUGCGAAGAACUCACUGAAAUUGGCAAUAAAUUGGCAAGUCACGACGGACUCUCAUCCAUUUCACUAACUUAAAACAAACUAACUAACUAGCCUACAUGCCUGUAUAUUUAACUAUUAUA